UGGGUUAUAACCAGUUCUCAGAUAAUUUUUUUGGAAGAUUUCAGGGUUAUGUGAAAAAUAUACUUUUUGAUUCGGAUGUGUAGCUUAUAAAUAAAUUUAUAUGGUGUCAAACAUUGAACGGCUUUUCAAACAUUUUGUAAAAACUCUAAAAGGAAGGAAUCUUUUGAAUGGUGAUAAAGUUUCUAACAUAAAUGAUAGUUCCCGUAUUUAUUACUUUCAAUCGUGCAAGAGGACACUAACAAUAUUUAUUUUUAAGGAGUUUUCACAGUGUCCAAAAUAUUAAGAAGGUUUCUCCUUUAAAUGUUCACAGUAGACACUGAAAGCGUUCCUGUGUUUACGUCAAGGUCAGAGGCGUCAUCACCACAUACUUCGUCAGAUUCGCGGCAAGUUAAUCCAAGAAUUCACACAUUUAAAAUUAUUAAAGCCAGCGAUGUUUCUGUUCGCUACCAUAAAAUACGAAACACACUCCUUAAAUCUCUGAAACCGAUUUUAAUGUGUUUUAUAUGUAAGUUGUCCUUUGGUGUUACAAAACUCUUUGUCGUGCACGCAAAUAAAGAACACGGGAUAUACUUGAAAGAAUUCGAAAGAGCUUUACUUCUCAAUCGCAAUAACGCAAGCGCCAUAAUUCAAAGAAGUAUGGAUGAAAACCCACAAAUAUCAUUUUUGGAGCCUAACAACUCAGAGUCGAAGUACAUGAUUACAACUUCAGAAUCUGAAAAGCAGCUCACAAAUAGUGACGAUGACCCCUCAUCCAUUUCUAUGGAAAACUUUUCAAUCGAUAAAUCUCUGGUACCAGCAAGCAACAGGUGCGAUAAGAAUCUGCACUCAAAAGACUCGCCGAUUUACAAGAUGCAAAAUGUUAACAACAGUGAUUCAAAUGCUGCAAUCAAACCUACUACAAAUGAACAAAGACCAAUAUCGGGCUACUCACUUACAAAGAAUGAUGAUAAGAACAUUAUCUGGACGCCAAACAAGGAUUCGGAAACUAAUGUGACAGGCCAGUCCCUCCAAAUGAGUGCUUUACAUGCUUCGUGGUUCGUUCUAAGCACUGAACAGAACUUUGGUAAUGUACAAAGUAUAAGUGAUUUCAUACAACAUAAUAUUCUAGCACAACAUCAACAACAACGAAAUGAUAUUACUCUUACAUCAGGGAAAGAAUUCUUGUCUUCUCUUGGCAAUUCGUGUCUUCUGCAUGGUGAGAAACAGGGAAUCGAGUGCAAGGUGUGCGAAAUGGAUAAAAUUCGUCUUAAACACAAGGAAAAUGCAAAUAAAAAUGUUACAUGCAUAUCACCGUGCAGUACUAAUUCGACUGUAAAAAUGUCUUCCCAUCGGCAAAUUUUACCUACACCAAGUUUUGCAAUAGGAGCUUGUUCUGACCACAUAAAUGGGCGCCCACUUAAUGUAGAAUGCUUGCGGUGUGAACUAAUAAUAAACUCCGCAAGAAUUAACGCUGGCGCCCAACAGUCAUCUCGAAAUUCCUGUAAAACAUUAAAAUGCCCACAAUGCAACUGGCAUUAUAAGUAUCAGGAAACGUUGGAAAUACAUAUGCGUGAAAAGCAUCCCGAGGGAGAAUCUGCGUGUGGAUACUGUUUAGCAGGUCAACAGCAUCCAAGGUUGGCUCGUGGAGAAUCAUAUUCCUGUGGAUAUAAGCCAUAUCGUUGCGAUAUAUGUAAUUACUCUACAACUACAAAGGGCAAUCUUUCUAUACACAUGCAAUCCGACAAACACCUUAACAACGUUCAAGAACUUAACAGUUCCCGUACUAUUAUAACUUCUUCGGAUGCCACCAAUAGUAUUAUGAAAUUAGAUGCUUUGGCAGCCACUUAUAUAUCCCACUACCACACAAUGCCUAAGCAUCGUCCACAAAUGGAUGUAGGAAGUGGUGAAACAUCCGCAUUAAAGGCUCAUGAGAAAGAAGGAGGUUUGGAUAAAAGUGGUCCAGUGUUCCGAUGCGAUAUGUGCAAUUAUGAAACGACCAUGGCACGAAAUUUAAGAAUUCAUAUGACAUGUGAAAAACACAUGCAAAACUUAACAAUAUUGCAAAACAAUAUCAAAAAUAUUCAGGCACUUUCUUUGUUACAGCAGCAUCAAAGUCAAAUUUUACCCAAAAAUGAUGAGUUUGACUGUGUCGUUUCAAGGACAGAUGUCAAUUUAAAGACUAUAGAGGCAAAUAGUAAACCUGACAUGGAUACAAUUAAGCAAACAUUUGAUUCAGUCUCGGAUUUCGGUCGAUCAGACCACAUAACUAGUUCAGAGAGCAAUAAAGGCUUUCCAUUUAAAAAACAAAUGUGGCCUACUGAAUUGUAUAGUUGUUUAAUUUGCGAAAACUUUAACACAAACGACGUCGAUGCUCUUUACCAACAUUUAAUUAUUGAUCGAUCUGUAGAAAUUGAUAGCAAAGAGAAUCCGAAACUAAUACCUACUAAUAUUUUAUCAGAAAAAAUACGCUCGACAUCAUGUGCCUCACCAGACACCCACGUUACUUACAAUAAUGACUACGUAUGUAUAUUAUGUAAUUAUAAAACUAAUUUAAAGGCAAAUUUUCAAUUGCACAGCAAAACUGACAAACAUUUGCAGAAAUUGAAUUUUUUUAACCAUUUACGGGAAGGUGGUAUGGCUAAUAGGAACAAAAUAAAAUACUAUCAACAACAUAUGGGUAUAAAUGUUAUUCAAAUCAAAUGCAAUUGUUGCGAUAUGCUCCUGAAUUCAAUUUUUCAACUUAAGCUCCACAUUAAACACUCUCGACAUGAAGGUAUGGAACUUUUAUUUCUUCAUUUAAAUAGAAUUAUUCGUAAUAAUACCGACGAAAAACAACACAGUAGCAAGUUAGAAAAAAGUCGGAUAAGAAACAAAAAUAUUUGUUGUAAAAUGUGUAAUAUUGCUGUUGGUUCGUUAAUAAAAAUGGUAAAUCAUGUGAAGACCCGCCAUUUAAGUCAAAUGGAAACCUUGUUGCGAAUGGGUACAGACGGUGAGAGUUUCGCUAAAGCUUUAGAAGAAAUGGUUUGUUUAAGCGAUGUGGUCGAAAAUGAUGAAACAGCUAAAGAGAUUUAUGAACGAAAUUCUUCGCCGGAAAACAACUUAAGUGAUGCUGGCACAGAACAAACUUGCUCAAAUAAUCACACCGACGACAUUUUCAAUCUAGAAUGUAACUCCGACUCUUUCCAUAAUAUUGAUGUUAAAGAUAUUGCUUAUUCCUGUGACUUCUGUGAGUAUUGUUCAUAUUCCAAAAAGGAAAUAAAAACUCAUAUGGAUAUAACGCAUCACAACAAAGAAUUUUCAGAAUUGGGAGAUCUACCGAAAAAUAAGGCAAGAAAUACAAUUGGGUCAUGCUCGUCUCAUAACACAGAGCUUCAAAAUCCAAGUUCAGAUGAAGAACUUACUAAGGAUAAAAAUGGAAAUUUAAAUAUAAUACGCUCUCAUCCCGAAAGUUCUGCGCAGUGUCCAUUGUGCCAAGAAAUUUUUUGUAAUCAAGCAACCUUUGACUCUCACUUACAAUGCGUACACAAUAUUGACAGAGAAAGACUAAUAUGCCUCAUAAUCCAAUUACGGACAUUAAUGUCUACGGAAAUUGGAGAGGGAUUACUAAAUGAAAGCAAAAAAACAGGAAUAUCGACUAUCGAAAAUCAAAUGGAUGUAAACGUAAGCGGGUCAUUGUUAAGACCACCUGAUGUUCUUCGGUGCCAGAAAUGCAGUUCUAUUUUUCGACAAGAGCAGCAAUUACUUUUACAUGCUCAACAGCUCAAACAUUAUCCAUUAAAGGAUGGGGAGUAUAUUUGCUUAGCGUCCAAUAAUACGUUAAAUGGAUGCAAUUUGCGGUUUUCUUCACCCAUUUCUAUGUCUACUCAUUAUCACGAACAACAUAUAAAUGUUAUUAUCUCAGAUCGUCAUGUAUACAAGUAUCGCUGCAAACAAUGUUCUUUGGCUUUCAAAACUCAAGAGAAGCUAUCAACCCAUCUAAUGUAUCACACAUUACGUGACACUACAAAGUGUAGAAAAUGUGCAAAAAAUUUUCGAUCCAUUACUGCAUUACAGUCACAUAUGAAAGUAUGCCACGACGAAGAUAGAGAAUUGCUUAACUGUGAAAAUACUCAGUACACAAUUAACAAAAACAUUUCAGAAACCAAUGUCUCUUCUGGUAACAAACGCAUCCCUACUGAUGACAUACCAUGUAGCUCUACCGCUGAUUUUAAACGACUUGAAAGUAAUAGCCGAUCAGGUUUAAUCGUUCCUUUACCAGGGGACAUGGAUCAACGUAGUAUGAAGGCAACAAAAGAUGUAAAUAAUCUAGAAAGUUUACAACAAAUCGCGACGGCAGCAGCUGCGUCGGGAUUAAUACUUAAUCCUGUAGAAAUGUUGAACAUAAUUCAAUUUCAUCAUUUAUUGUCUUUAAAUGUGAUGAACUUAUCCCCUCCGCUUGUGUUAGACAACCCUAAAACAAGUUCCGAUGAAAGGUCGUGUAACUUUAAUAUUGAAGUUAAAUCAGAUUCUACAUUUGAAAACGACAACAUAUCCACCACACCGAAGACCUCAACAUCCCUCGCAGACGAAGGACAGACCAAUAGAUACAAACGGGUUAUCCAGGCGCCUUCAAUUCCGCAGGUAUAUAGCAGCCAUAAACGUGCACGUACAAGGAUAACAAACGACCAGCUGAAAAUUUUAAGGUCUCAUUUCGAUAUAAACAAUUCUCCUAGUGAAGAAACCAUUACUGAAAUGUCAAGAGAAUCCAAUUUGCCAAUAAAGGUCGUAAAACACUGGUUUCGUAACACUUUGUUUAAGGAACGUCAGAGAAAUAAAGAUUCGCCAAACAUGCGAGUACACGUUAAAUUCUUAUGGUUUGUAGCACAUCCAUCCUUUUAUUUUCUGUCUCCUCGUUUAUAUGUCUGAUCACCC